CGCCCCUCCCACAAUGCCUGGCGCCGCGGACGGCGGCCCGCAAGGGCGCGGGAAGGAGAGCGAAGAGUUUGCCCUUUUCCAAGAUGGCGGCUGCUUAGCUUCACCCGGCCGCGGGAAACGGCGCCGCCGGCCCCGCCCCGGACCAGUUCCCGCUAUGGCGGCCAUGAGCCUGGUUCUCCGGGCAGGGGCUGCCUGGGGAGCCCGGCGGGCGGCCAGCGGCGCGGCGGGGGGUGCUCACCUGCCCUGGCUCGGCGGAGCCGCCCGCCUCCCCGGCACUGUCGCUCCUGUACGACAUAGCAGCAGCCAUGGGAAAAGAAUGUUUAUUAUCAAGGCAACAAGAUUUUAUGAUACUCGAUUUCUGAACUUGUUGCGAUUCUAUAUAUUUCUGACGGGAAUACCAGCGGCACUAUUUAUAACAUAUGUCAACAUCUUCAUUGGCGAAGCUGAACUUGCAGAGAUUCCUGAAGGUUAUAUUCCAGAGUACUGGGAAUACUACAAACAUCCUAUAAGUCGUUGGAUAGCUCGUUACCUCCUUGACCCCCCUGAAAAGAACUAUGAAAAGGAGAUGGCUUUGCUGCAUGUUGAAGCAAAGAAAACUCAACUGAGGCUGAUGGAGUCAGAGGCACGCAGACUGAUGAGACAGAGGGGCGAUGGACCUUGGUAUCAUUAUGAAACACCGGAUAAAAAUCUUGUUGACAAUUCUAUGAAAUCCACACCUGACAAUUAAACAGUUUUAAGACUGUAUGCAUGGUCUUACAUGCAUACCAACAAAUUGUGGCUGAGCUAUGUAAUAUACAUCCUGCUGUUAGCUGACGGAAAUCAAUAAACUGUGGUUUUGUUGAUUCCCAUAAUUUGAAAGAAAGUGUGGCAGUUAAGCUCAUAUAGCUGUUAAAGUUGUUAAUCAGAGAAAAUGCCUUAUGUCAGUUGCCAACAAUUAUUCCUUUUCUCUGGAACACAGGUGUAGAAUAUAUACCUUUGUGACCUAAUAUAUAUGAAACAAGUUGGUAUUAUUAGUCUUCAUUGUGUGAUUUCUAGUGUUAAAAAUUUUAAAUGAAAGGUAUGGGAAACUGCAAGGCUUUCUCCUUGUGCAAAGCCUUGCCAGAUAAUUUGUGGAAGAUGAACUAAGUAAGAAAAAUAUCUUCAGAUCUUCGGAAUAUUAGGAUUAUAUCUACCACUUUAGACAAAUAGUUUCUUUCUCGUUACUUGUAGUCGAAUUCAUCUCUCACUAUUUUUUCCCAACUUGCAUAUUGUUCAACAUGUGAUAUCAUUUUCUCUGCAUGAUCUCAAACGUUUCUCUCUUUAGAUAGCUGUUAAUAGUCUUCACCCCCGAUAGUGUCACCCAUGCUGUUCUUCCUUUAUUAUUGCCACCAGUUCUAAACUUUUUUCCUCUCAUAUAUGCAUAAUUUAUGAUUCUCUGCUCUUUCAUUUUCUCCAGUCUCAUCUCCUAUAUAGUCUGUGUCUGUAAAAGACUUUGUAAACAGACUCUUAAAAAGGCAAACAAACCAACCUCCCCCCCCGCCCUGAAAGAAAAAAAAAUCCCAAACAAAAACCAGACUUUGAACGGCAGAAUUCUUUGUGUAGAUCAUCCAAACAUUGCUCUCUCUGGAACAUACUUCUCCAGGGUUCUGGGGGUUUUUGGUUGGUUGUUUUUUUAAUGGUUUGGUUUUAAAUAAGGCUUAAAAGAAUAACAGGUACUUUUGCUUCCUACUCUAAAUGGUAAUAUAUCUAAAACAGAGCCACACACUCCCUUUGUGGCAGAAAGGAUUUUCAGUGAUGAAAACACAGUCAGUGCAAGGUAAUAUGUUAAUAUUUCAGAAAAAUCUUAGUGAGGGAUAGAUACCAUUGCCACAUAACUUUCAUGUUAUUAAUAUGUAUCUAGUGACAUGAAGAAUCACGUGUAGUUGUGGGGAGGAUAGUCUUUACUAGGUGUUUUUCCACAUUUUUGACCACUAUGAAGGGAACAUAGGGGGUACUCUUUACCUGGCAGACUUUUGCCACUAGAGGGAUGUGUUUCCUCAGAGGCUGUGGUUUUAAAUGCCUCUGGUUUUAAAUGCCUCAAGAGAUUGAUGGAAAGUGCCUCUGGCAGUUUGUGACUAAUAAACUAUCUGUCCAAUUCAAAA